AAGCCUACCAUUUUGAUAGCGGGAGCUGGGGUGAAUUGUCUAGGGGCUUCGUGAGUGUGCAGAAAUAGAUAGUACUGCCUGAAAAAAACAAACAAACCAAUUCUGACGAAGUCGUAUCUAGUUAAUUAAGAAGAUAUAAAAGGGCGAAAUACGCAACACGUUUGCUUGCUUGCAGCCACCUUGCUAUCUACCCAGCACGCGAGCCGACAUUUCUACUCAGACAACGCAGCAACGAACUUGCCAGCACAGUGAAGACGCAAUGAGUGCCCCUUCCUCUCAGAAAGUCGUGCUGAAAAGCACCACCAAAGUGUCCCUGAAUGAGCGCUUCACUAACAUGUUGAAGAACAAGCAGCCAGUACCAGUCAACAUCAGGGCCACCAUGCAGCAGCAGCACAUGGCCAGUGCUCGCAACCGCCGGCUGGCACAGCAGAUGGAGAACAGGCCCUCUGUGCAGGCCGCCCUGCAGCACAAACAGAGCCUGAAGCAGCGACUGGGGAAGAGCAACAUCCAGGCCCGGCUGGGUCGGCCCCUGGGGGCGGUGAGGGGGGGUCCUGGAGGCCGGGGGUUCCCCAUGGGAGGACUGCGAGGGAUGACCCGAGGACUCCGAGGUCGGGGCGGACGAGGAGGUGCCAUGAGGGGGGCAAUGUCUCUCAGAGGUGUAGGUCAGAUGCGUGGGCGUGGUGGCCCCGCCCGACUGGGAGUGCGCCGGGGGCUGAGGCAGAGAGGGGGCCUGGUGGGUCGUGGAGGGGCGCUGAUGGGGCGAGGGGCCCGGGGAGGACUGGGAGGAAAAGGCCUGCGUGGACGUGGAGGGUUUGGGGGCAGGGGCCGUGGGCGGGGCCGUGGCAGAGGGGUUGGGCGCCCUGCGGUCACCCGGGAGCAGCUGGACAACCAGCUGGAUGCCUACAUGUCGAAGACCAAGGGCCACCUGGACGCCGAGCUGGACGCCUACAUGGCCCAGGCCGACCCAGAAGGCAUGGAGUAGACCACCACAGCGUCAAGCCUUCAGAGACUCGCAGAGAAACUGACCCGCGGUUUUGACCCUCGUUAUAUAUACAGACUGACUGGACUUGUGCUCACGGCAAGCAUACUCUGACCAACUGCCUGAUGGUUGAUGGUUGAGCGGUUGUUGGCACUGUCACCUCAAAUGACCACACAAGAGCAUGGGGCAUGCACACCCCACUCCAUGCCAAGACCUGUGCUCACGCUCUGCUGCCGCCCAUCGACACACACAGGCUGAGACCAACACGUUCACUGACACUUUUAGUAAUCUUAAACGCCAACUGACCAGAGGCAUACACACACAUUGAGCAUAUGCAGAUGUGCACGAAGGGGAACAGCUACAUUUAUGGGAUUACUUGUAAACCUGACCUGUGCUACAGUAAGAGUACUGUGACAGCGGAAAGGUGGGGGGGAGGGGCCCAUGUACAUCCCAUAUCUUGGCUUAAAUGUACUUGAACAAAUCGUUAUUUGGGACUGACUGUUUCAUUAACAGGCCAACAUUAGAUUAAGUGUCUGUUACUACUCUGCAGCACUAGUAUAAAAGCCAAUAAGACCUUUGCAGAUCACUCCAGAGCCUUCAUGAUUGCACCGACUGAAGAUUUUUUUUUUUCCCCUCUCUUCUCUCAAAGGGAUGAUCUCACUACCCUACCAUCUUUCUCAAGUUGUGUUUUGCCAUUACUACCGGAUGUCAGUAUUUUAUUUGUAGAUUUUCACAUGUCUCUUUAUAUUUUAUUGACAUUGUUUUAUAGGUUUGUGUGAUGUGAUGUCCUAAAUGCUGCUAAGAUGAAGUGGUCAGUGCCUGUUCUCUUUUGUGUGAAAACCUGUACAAUGUAGUUGUUGAACCCCAAACCCAUCCUGACUGGCAAGGGUCUUUUACGGGAUCAAGUCCUCAUGGAUCCCUAAGCCAUUGACAUAAGUGGAUGUAAUGUUUAAAGAAGUCACUGAAUCAGUUCUGUAGUGUGUGUUAGAAGUUUGUCAGCAGAUUCCUGCAGAAAGCGCCUCAGUACUGUUGUGUCAGAUGUACUCCUGUGAUAACUUUGCGCAUCAGAUCUGGAUUGAUUUUGCAGUGUUUGAAUUUAAACUCUUUUGGUCUUGAAUGUCAGGAGUAAGUUUGUUUCUGACCUCCAAACCCGUAAUGAUGAGUGAGCAGGCAUGUUGGCUGUUUUGUUGAAUUUGUCUAGGUUUGCAUAUGUUAAAUGUUAUCACUUCAGAAACUGCGCUGAUAAUCAGCACAACGGAUGUUUGAAGACAUUUGAGAUUUUUUUUUCCUGACAAAAACUUGCUUAUGUUAUUUAUUUUUCUUUAGGAUGGUGUCUGUAAUUCCAAGGCCAGCUAAGAUUGAUAUGGUCAAGCAAGCUGAUUUUAAAAAGCUGAAUGAAAACAAAACUUUAAAAAAAUAUAUACUAUGUAUUGCAAAUUGUAGAUUCAGCAAAAAUGUCAAUUUUUUUAUUGUUCAUAUGUUU